AUGGAGAAGGACCAAUCCUCCGGACCACCGUCUCUGAUGAUGUCACUUCCCGAAGACAUCAUCAUUGACAUCUUAGCGCGAGUAUCGAGAUACAACUAUCCAACUCUUUCCCUAGUUUCUAAGCACUUCCGAUCACUCGUUGCGUCGCCUAUGUUCUCCUCCUCUAUAACAGGAAAAACAAUGAUGACCGUUGUGGGCUCGAGGAUAUAUGUGUUUGAUGGGAUUAACAACAAUGUCAAUGGGACAACGAGAGCGUUAACCAUCGAUUGUAGAUAUCACACGGUGCAACCUCUCCCCAGCAUGCCUGUGCCAAUGUCUUAUACAAUUGCUGACAUAAUUGACGGGAGAAUCUAUGUAAUUGGAAACAGAUACUGUGAUGAUGUCCGGAAGAAGGUGAUGGUGUCUGUGUUGAUAUCCAUGGCGGUUAAAGAAUAUUGUGUGAGUUACGGUGGGAGACUGGCUUUGUUUUUUUGA